AUGGACAUUCAAAGGUUCUACUGGUUAGAUGCCUCCAUUGUAUUAAAUUGGAUAUCGUCACAGUCUCGCAGAUGGUCGGUAUUCGUAUCGAAUAGAGUCGGGGAGAUCCAACGUCUUACCGAAAUCAGUGAUUGGCAUCACGUCACUUCUGCGAACAAUCCCGCCGACAUUUUGUCGCGUGGACUAAAUCCUUAUGAAUUAGCCAAUUCAUCCAUGUGGUGGCAUGGACCUAGCUUUCUUCAAUUGAACAACGACUGGCCGAGUAGUAGCUUCGUUCAUUUAGAAAACGACCUUCCCGAGCAAAGGAAGGUUGUUACCAAUGCCGCCACUGUGGAUGAGUGUCUCGUUACUAAACUAUUGUCCGAACGCUCAAGUCUAAACAAAAUAUGUCGUAUAAUAGCCUACUGUUUGAGGUUCUGUAGAGCAUACUGUCCAAGUACGCCGACCAAAAUCAUAACUUCCUCUGAAAUUGCUUUAGCUUUACGUCUUAUGUGCAAGUUCGUGCAGAAACAAGCGUUCUCCAGUGAAUACAAAGCUUUGAACCAGGGAAAAUCUAUUAGCACCUCGAGCGGCCUGCUAUCAUUAUCUCCUUACAUGGACGAGACCGGGGUAAUGCGAGUAGGCGGUAGGUUGAAAAAUUCGAAUUUACCAAUUGACGCGUGUCAUCCCAUACUGUUACCUCGUAGCCACGAUCUAACUAGACACGUAAUAGAGUACGAGCAUGUUCGUAACAUGCACACAGGAGCCCAAGCCACUAUGGCGGCUAUCCGACAACGAUUUUGGCCUUUAGCUUUGCGAUCUACCGUACGAAGGGUCAUUCAAAAAUGCGUAACGUGCUUUAAGUCUAAACCGCUUCAAUCGCAAGCUAUGAUGGGUUCGUUACCCGCGAGUCGAGUCACAGUGUCUAGACCAUUUUCUCGCACUGGGAUAGAUUAUGCCGGCCCAGUAACAUUACGCGAAGGUAAAAGGCGCAACGCUCGCAAUCAUAAAGCAUAUAUAGCAAUUUUCGUUUGUUUUGCCACUAAAGCGGUCCAUAUUGAGUUAGUUAGCGACUUAACUUUAGACGCGUUUCUUGCCGCGUUUAAACGUUUUAUAUCGCGUAGAGGCAAACCGUCUCAUAUGUAUUCGGACAAUAAGACCACUUUUGUCGGCGCUCAGAAGCAACUUAAAGAGCUGUACGAUUUUUAUCUUAAACAGACGAAUAUGUCUCAAAUCGAACAAUUUUGUUCCGAACAAAAAAUUUCGUGGAACUUCAUUCCCCCUAACGCUCCGCACUUCGGCGGAUUGUGGGAAGCGGCAGUAAAAUCCGCAAAAUUUCACAUGACAUGA